CAUCCCAAGGUGUUUGGUAAAAGAGUGGCACCAGAAAAAAAAUUCAAAUCAGACUGUUUUCUUCUGAGCAAGUACAUGGUGUGCGAUAUCUGCUCUAUUUCAGGUGCACUUUCUAGUUUUUCUUUGUGAAAAGAGUGAUGUAAAAGUGAAAGAAUAAUUGUGGAUUUAUGUUUUACUUAAUAAAGCUAAAACAAUGUUCAAAUUUUUCCUCUUCACAUGCACAAUCCUAAAUUACCUCGAAGCCUUUCCUCAAUCAAACUAUGCGGACCUUGCGAACAAUAUCGCCUACAUAGGAGAAGGUCUCCCCCCUGAGGCAACUUUAGGGGGCAAAAUCACCCAGCUAGACGAUCUCAGCCCUGAAAUAAGCCUUAACAAAACCAGGGCUGAUUUAAAUUGUGCCGCAGGCUCAAUGCAGAUUGAUUUGAAGUUUCACGAACCUUUUUACGGGACAGUUUAUGCGGAUUUUGAUAGGAAUUCUGCUUGUCAAGUAUCUGGGAAAGGUGCGCUCAAGUACCACUUGGAGUUGCCGCUCAAAGGAUGCGGUACCAAACAAGAUCCGCAACGUGUUUUUACCAACAACAUUGCGGUAAGGUUUCAUCCUGGUUUGGAAAUGGAUGGUGAUGAAAUUAUUACUAUAGUAUGCAGAUAUCCUACACCCAUUGUACAGGAACCACAAACUCAGCUUUUUAGACAUGAAGAAAUUGUAGCACCAAAAGCAUUGACACCUCUUUCACCUUUGCCAGUCCUCCUAAUCAUAUGCGGCAUAUUAUUUCUGUCACUAUUCCUCUUAGGCUUGGCCGCUUCCUAUUUAUGUUUGAAACGAAAACCAUUAACAGUAAUAAGGACUAUUACUCCUGACGAAAGUGACAUUGAAAAACUAUCAGAAAGUUCACUAGCUUUAGAACCCAUCCAUGAAUCCUCUGGUUCCGAGUAUCCAGGUGAAUCCUCAUCGGAAAUUGUAGAUCAUGCUGUUGUCCACGAAAACGCAAGCUUUUCUAGUGACGAUUAUGUACAAGAGCAACAAGUCGAACAAGUAACUGCUAUACCAAGCACUAUACCAAGAUUACCUAUGGCUAUCAAGGAAGAUUCUCCCAAGUUUAAUGUACAAGUUAAAGUUAAAAAACCCAAACCUCCAACACCUCCCGAAAGUUUUACUGAUAGUUCAAGAAGUGCUAGCCUUAUGGCUUACCAACCAAUCGAAGAAGAAAUUUUGGAAGUUGAAGAACCAGUGGCAACAGUGCAUCAUCCAGAUAUCACCCAGCAUUUCGUUGAUGAUGUUUAUUUGAGGACAAUCCAAGAAAAAAAAAUCAUCGAAGACAUUGACAAACAUAAACGACUCAUAACCGAGUAUCAUACUAAAUUGCCUCAACAAUGGGAUGUCACUAUUAAAAAUUAUCCCGUCCAAGCUCAGCCGCCUCAAUGGGAAGACUUUUCCGAUAUUUCUUCAGCUUCUGGCCUGUCAACUCCGAAACCUCUUAGGGUGAUGAGUUUACCACCUCAACCACAAAUCGAUGACAAUAAAUUACCACUUAGUGCACCUGAAUUGGUUGGUAGCUUAGGCCAACAAAGAAUUGUUACUACAGAUGUAAGAACUACAGAAACUUCAAGAGAGGUGACUGAAAGGGAAGAAUGGGAAAGAGUAUUUAAUGUUCCAAAAACGAAUCCAGAAGUUGCCAAUUGGAGUGUUUUAAUUAGAGUACUACAACCAAUUGAGCCAACUGAUGAUGUUCAAGUAAUCGAAACUGCCGAAACGUUUAAUUCCCAACUAACCAUGACCGAUAGAAUGAAAUGGAGGCAAAUAAUUACAACCGAAUCGACGCUUAGAACUCUACUAACAGAGGCCGUAGUUCGUGAAGAUUUCGAACGAAUCAGUCACGAUCAAAGAUUCGAGCACAUUUUUGAACCACCUAAAUGGAACGUGAUCAUUAGGAUUUUGACUCCUGAAGAUAUUGGGCCUGAUCAAAAGUAUUUGUAUCCAAGACGUAAAAGUUUGCCUACUUUGGUUGAAUAUGAUUCAGAUGAUGAUGGUAGUAGUGUGAGAGAGCCGCAAUUGUAUGCGUCUUCUGUUUUUAGAAGAUCUCUACAUAGAAGUGAAGCCGACUUACGUUCAAUGACAGAAAUGACGGUAGAUUUUGGGCACAAAUUAGUACCAGAUUAUCCAUUUUCGUUAAGUCAACCCAGCUUAGGCAGAAGUUUGAGUGAAUUUACUGAACGCGAUAGAUGGUUAAUGGUACCAGAUACACCCAGUGAAGUUGGUACCACACCAGAACAAACGCCCAAGUUGCAAAGGAGUCAAUUGAAAACGUUUCAUUUGCCCAGAGUGAGAUUGGACAGUGGUACUUCUGGUAGAGGUGCUGAAAGUACAUGGGAAACAAUGGAAACGAGCAGGGUUGCUCAAACUCCUGGAGGAACCACUACAAGGGAAACUACAAGAGAAAUUAGAGGAGCUUCCAGGGCGAAAUGGGGCAAACCUUCGGAACCCGGUCGAAAGGGUUGGUUCCCUGACAGUGGCAGCGAAAGUAGUUCGAAAUGAUAAUUUUAAAAAAUUCUUUUAAUAAUUUUACUGAUUCAUUAAUUUGCAUUUUUUAUUUCAUGCGAUAAACUAACUUGUGAUAACAUUGCAACUAACUGUGAUAACAAUUAUACAUGGUUUUGUACCAAUUUCAAUAAAUCAAUAUGUCAGAAUUAUUUAUUUAUUGAUAGUUUCAUCGAUUACAAAAAAAUUCUAUAAUAUUGAUAUUAAAUAAUAUAGCAUCCAUACACGUCAUGAGAAAAACAAAUACAUAUAUUUAUCCAUUUUUAAAACAUUUUUCCAGGAACAUCAGCCGUCAUAAGUAAAGUUUCUAGCUUUUCAUCUUAUUUGUAUAUAAGUAAAUGGAGAUCAUAUAAAUUGCACACAAAAAAAUAUAUAAAUAUUGCCUUAUAUAAUAUGAUAUUAAAAUCACACAAAAUGGGGACACAAAUUUUUAAAACCUGAUGACUAGACAUCUAGGGAGAAUUUCCUCAACUAAUUUCCCCUAUAAUAAUACCUAAAACUAGUUACAAUAAAAAGGUAAAAAAAAAAUGAGAUCUGUAUACAUGGCACUACAAUUAAAAACUGUCAAAAUGAAAAUAGGAAGAAUAAUUAUUAUAUUAUAUUAAAUCUACUUAGUUAUUAUAUUACAUACAUUUACCAAGUCUUUUCAAAUAUAUUUAUGCCAAAAAGGCACUGAUUCAUUUUUUCCGCUCCUUUUAGUUACUUACAUCAAAACUAUUUACAAAAUGCCCUUAAUGACAAGCAAACGAACAUAAUUUUUAUCACAUAUUAUCAUAUUUUUUUAUCCUUAUUGCAAUCACAAAAACUUAAAAAUUCCAACUUUUUGACAGUUCCGAAUCUGAGCUACACACAAAAAUUGAGAAAAAAGACAAAACCUAAUAAAUAAAUUUUACACAAAAAAUAGUUAUUCACCUAAUAACUGCACUGAGUACGGGAAAGUAAUACUUUCUACACAUAAAUGAGUGUGGAAAUGAUUGAAAUACAACAUGUUGUCAUGUAUAGCAACAUUCUUCAGAGGUAUUUGAUUGAAGGCGACUCCAAUUUUAGGCAUUUUAUAUCUAUUGCUGUUGUAAAUCUUAUGUGGUAAAACAAACUGGCAAACACAUAAUUGUAGUACAUUAAGACAUUAUCAUUUCUCCUCCAAUAUUAACCUUACCCAGUUUCACUCUGUGAUUAUUCCUAAUAUGCGAAUUAAGAUUGCCGCUUUGCACGAAAGCUUUAUCACAGGCGUGACAUUUGAACGGUUUCUCGUCGGUGUGCAACCGAAUGUGAUUGUUCAAAUUGCCGGAUUGGGUAAAGGCCCGGUCACAGUGCGGACAUUUAAACGGUUUCUCGCCCGUAUGAAUUCGCAUGUGGUUCACUAAAUUGCAGCUUUGCGAAAAGGAUUUAUCGCACACGUCGCAAAUGUACGGUUUGUCGCCAGUGUGAGUCCUCAUAUGAAUUUGUAGAUUU